AUGUCAACACCAGUCUCCGCGCUCCUCAACUCGCCACCACGAAUCCGCUUUGUCUUCAGCGGACAAGGAGCGCAGUGGCAGGGCAUGGGUCGCGAGUUAACUUGUUACGAGAGUUUUAGAAGCGAGUUGGGUCAGGCUGACGCAUAUCUGCGCAGCCUAGGAUGCGUCUGGUCUGUUGUUAACCACAUACUGUACCCAGACCCAUCCAACCACAUUGACAAUCCAGAGCUUAGCCAGUCGCUGUGCACUAUUCUGCAAGUUGCUUUGGUCAACUUGCUUCGGCGAUUUAGAGUCAAGCCCGCUGCUGUUGUUGGACAUUCAUCUGGUGAGAUUGCUGCAGCAUACGCCAGCGGCCACCUUCCAAUGAAGUUAGCCUGGAGGUUGGCGUACUUUAGAGGGGUCUGUUCGGCCAAACUGGAUCGCGAUGGGCAUUUGGACGAUUCCGGGGAGUGUGUCUCCGGUGCCAUGAUGGCUGUGGGAUCAUCUGAGGCUUCUGAAGCAGAGCUACUCUUUACUCAUGGCGAUGUCGUUUCAAGCGUCUCUAUUGCUUGUAUAAACAGCCCCCAUAGUAUUACUCUUUCCGGAAACGAGGCUGCCAUUGACUAUCUUCACGGUGUUCUGGAGGAACAGAAGAUCGUCGCGCGCAAGCUACGCGUCAGGGUUGCCUAUCAUUCGAGACACAUGGAUAGCAUUGCAGUUGAUUACGCCUCCAUGAUCAACGCCUAUGCAGAUGCCAGCGACAUGGCUGCCAACAUGGCAUCACCAGUGCAGUUCUCUCAAGCUGUGUCGGUCAUGUGCCGCCACGGCGCCAAAGAUGUGACGAAGAAGCUGGACUAA